GCUUCUGCAUCCGCGCUGGCUGGGGCGAGCGCAGCGAGGGUCCCUGGUCUCCGCAGCGCCCCGCGGACCUCCAGCCGCGCGCCCGCAGACCGCUCCUGCUGCCUGCUCUCCCGGCAGAAGCUGCUUUUUCUCCCCAUUAAAGGGCACUUAGGCUGACGGAUCACGUUGAGAUCAGAAUAACCAGAAGCGCUUUAAGGGAACCGAAGCUGUUAUUCUUCGUUUUUCCUUCGGGUUUAGUUCGCAGGGGAGGAAUUUUGAUCCCUUUUUUCAGAAUGGAUUGUUUUCCCGUGAUUUUGUCUCUGCUGUUUGUGGCUUUCCAAGGAGCUCCAGAGACAGCUGUCUUGGGUGCUGAGCUCAGCACAGGGGUGGACAGUGGAGGAGAGAAGCCCUCUCCCAGUGCAGCCCGCCGCUCCAAGCGCUGUUCCUGCUCUUCCUUGAUGGAUAAAGAGUGUGUCUACUUCUGCCACCUCGACAUCAUUUGGGUCAACACUCCUGGGCACAUUGUUCCGUAUGGACUUGGAAGCCCUUCGAGGUCCAAGCGAUCCUUAAAGAAUUCAUUUCCUACAAAAGCAACAGACCAGAGGAACAGAUGCCAAUGUGCUAGCCAAAAAGACAAGAAGUGCCGGAAUUUUUGCCAAACAGGAAGAGAACUCAGGGACCAAGACACUAUGGAGAAAGACUGGAAUAAUCAUAAGAAAGAAAAAGAUUGUUCCAAGCUUGGAAAGAAGUGUAUUCAUCAGCAGCUGGUAGAAGGAAGAAAAAUAAGAAGGUUGGAAACCAUCAGCAACAGCAUCAAAACAUCUUUCCAUAUUGCAAAGCUGAAAGCCAAGCUCUAUAGAGAGAAGGAAGUGACCCACAACCGAACGCACUGAUUACAGAUAGUCCCAUCUCAAGCCGUCUCCUCCACAGAGAGAGCCGUGCUGUGUGGCUGCCUCGGCACUCUCACCACACUGGCCUGGAUCAGAGCAAAAGCAUCCUUCCUGCUUAGACCAUUUCUUGUUCCAGACUGGCGAAGGACCAGUGUCCUCCUUCUAAACAUUCCAAGAACAGUUCAGGAGUCCCCCAACUCGUCUUCAUUUGCUUCCAUCAGUGGUAACUCCUUCUGUCUCUCCUCCUUUGGGGUGACAGUGGACCACUCAGAGAAAGCAGAGAGACACAAUGACUUCCAAAUGCUGGUGGCAGUCUCCACCUGGAGGAAAGGAGAUGCCACGUGGGUGGGGUUCCUGAAGGGGGUCUGAAGGGAGUGUUUGUGUCUCACUCAGGCGCCUGGCACAUUUCAGGGAGAAACUGCAAAGUCCAGGAAGAGAUUUUCUAAGGAAUGCACAAAUUGAAAACAUACUCGAGUUGGAAAAAAAAAAAAGACUUUGUUUUUUUAAUUCACAAAAUGCAAAACUGAAACUGUUACUACUGUAAAUCAGGAUGUUUCAUAAGUAUGACUCUACCUCACCUGUAUUGCACUCUGGCAGAAGCAUUCCCCGACCUUUAAUUAUUGCCUCCCAAACUCCUCGCCCUCCUGCUACCCUCUCCCCCGAACCUCCACACUAAACCCUAGCCUCACAGAAGUCUGGUCUAAUGUUUCAUGGUAAUCUACUAGCUCUGAUCCAUAAGAAAAAAGAUCAUUGAAUUAGGAGAUUCCCCUACCUUGAUUUUUGGAAACACAGUAGCAUGGGUUGGUUUAUGGAAGGCAUUGAAGAGUAAAUGUUGGUUAUACUUUAAAGCAGUAAAAUUAUUUUCCCUUACAUAACUGGCAAA